AUGAUUAAAGGCUCAAGCCCGACGGAGAUGAGAUGGAGAACACAACGUGCUCUAGAUCUCAUACAGAAAUGGUGCAUAGGAAAAUCUCUAAGGGUUAACCCCAACAAAACAGAGAUGGUACUCUUCACCAAAAGAAGGAAGCUGAAAAUUACGGCUCCCUCUAUCUUUGGCAUGGAGCUUAAAUUCUCAAAGGAGGUACGCUAUUUAGGCGUAACUCUAGACAGUAAGCUCACAUGGAGACGCCAUAUCGAGAAGCAGACCCAAAAAGCAACUGCCACUUUCUGGGCAUGCAGAAGAAUAUUUGGCAUAACAUGGGGCCUGAAACCAAGACUGAUCAAGUGGAUUUACACGGCGAUCUUGGUUCCACAGCUCACCUUUGCCUCUGUUGUAUGGUGGCCUUCGCUUAAGAAGAACAUCAACAUCAAGGCAUUCCUAAAAGUCUACCGACUGUCGUUGCUAGGGAUAACUGGGGCUCUAAGAACCACAGCUACCUUAGCAAUGGAGGCGCUCCUGAACCUGGAGCCCCCGCAUAUCACUGCAGAAGCUCUUGCUAUGAAAACAGCAAUGAGAUUGCUCUUUAACGGACACUGGACAAGGGCUAGAACGGGACAUGCAGCCAUCCUAAGGGACAGGGGACUCGACAGAUUCCUAACCCAAGGAGGAGACAUGAGCCCUCGAAGCUACCACUUCAGACGUCAAUAUAAGGUCCUUAUCCCAAGUAGGCAGGAAUGGGACGAGGAAAACAAGAGCAUCCUGUCCCCCAUAGGGCUAGUCUGGUAUACGGACGGCUCAAAAACGGACAAAGGGGCAGGAGCUGGAAUUUAUAGCAGUGGACCGAAAACAGAAAUCUCUCUGCGGCUAGGGGACACUGCUUCGGUUUUCCAGACAGAGGUAUACGCGAUCUGGGCCUGUGUAGAGCACAUUUCUAAGCUCAACCACAGGAACAAGCACGUGUACAUCUGCAGCGAUAGUUGCGCUGCGCUCAGGGCACUAGAACAAACUGAAGUGUCCUCGAGACUAGUGCGAAAAUGCAUAGACUCCCUAAAUGAAUUAGCAGAGUAUAACAAAGUCAAACUACUGUGGGUACCGGGCCAUAGCGGGAACGCAGGAAAUGACAAAGCAAAUGAGCUGGCGAAAGCGGGAGCUCGUAAAAGAGACCCUGAACCAGUAAUCAGCAUAGCGGUGCCUUUUAGUCUCAUAAAGCAACACGCUUCCCUAUGGACUAAUGACAAGUUUCAGGAAGUGUGGGCAGAGGCAAAAGGCAUGAUGCAUACGAGGGCACUUUCUAAAGGACCCUCCAAGACAUUAGGCUUGUCCUUGAUAGGGCUCGACAAGAAGCUGCUAAGGCUAACUGUCGGGUAUAUCACAGGACACUGGCUAACCGGCAGGCAUCUGAGACGCCUAGGCAUCUCAGAUCACUCGAUGUGCCCCAGAUGCCUAUCGGAGGAGGAAACUCCUCUACAUCUAAUCCUCCAUUGCAGAAAACUGGCAACAGCCCGAAAGGACAUACUAGGAUUCUGCGAUGGAGAGUCUAUUGAUAUACAGGAGAUUGGCGUGGGACAGUUGCUUCACUUCUUGAAGCAGACAGGCCUGGCCAAUCUCCAAGCUAUAUAA